CUAACAAAUAUUUCAACGUUGAAUUUGUAAUUUAAUAUUUUCUAGUGUCAAAACUUUAAACAAUCCUAUUGAUUUUUGUUUUGAAAUCGCGAUGCAUAGAACUUAAAAUAAUAUUAAAAGUAAAAUUUUAAGAAAAUAAAGAUUUAGAUUUUAGUUAAAUACAUUGAAAUAUUAAACUAUCUAAUAAGGAAAUAUCUAGUUAUAAUAAUUUAUCGAGAGGGAUAAAAAAGACAACUGUAUGUAGUUGGAAAUAAUGGGAAAUUUGUUGGCUUAUCCGCCAUAUAUAGACGCUCGUCGACGUGAAAAACUUUCCGCUAGACAAACGCGGUCAGGUAACAAUCUGCAAGGUGCCAGCAAAAUUGUUUUACCUUAUAACAGUUUUAGUAUGAACACAAGGACACCGUCAGAGAUGACAGAGAUAAAACGUGUUCAUGAUUCAUCUAAUUCGAUGGACACUUCACAAUUUGAAGUUGAGACUGUGAAAUUGAGCAGCAAUAACACAUCCAGGGCCUCAAGUUUUAACAGGUCUAGCAGGUAUAUAAAGAGAUAUAGAAAUGAAGAGGAGAAGUUAUUAGAUAUGCUUCAUGAACGAGAAGCGGUCAUUAAAUCAGCUGUAAAACAAGGCCAGGAACUAAGAGCCAAGUGUAACAGAUAUAAAGAGGAACUUGACAGCUUAAAAGCCUUUAGUGACGUAGACAUGACGGAUGUGGAAUGGAAGAAGAUGUAUAAUCAGCUUGAUAAAAAAAAUCGAGAUUUGAAAGAAGAACUGGACAUUAUAACAGCCAGGAAUAAAAACGGAAGGGAUCAGUUGAACCAGCAGACAGAAGUUAUACAACAACUUAAUGCAGAAUUACAAAGGGAGAGAAUAGAGAAACAACGUCUUCUCUCAAAUAGUUUAAACAGCUUACAGAGUAUUGGUGUAAAAGAUAAGAAAGGAAAACUACAGAUCACUCAGCUCGAAGUUGACAAGAGGCUGUUACAGGAGAGAUUAAACGAUCUAGCUGUACGAAAUCAAAGAGGAAGAGAAUAUCUGUCAAAACUUGAAGCUGAGAAACGGGAACAAGAAGCGUUGUUCGCCAGUCUGAAAUCGCAACUGCGACUGGAAAAAGAAGAAAAAGAAAAAUUAAAAUCUCGGGUUGAGAUAUUAUCAUCUAAUCGUGAUAUAUCAGCAAUAGAGGAUGACUCAUCAAAUUUGUAUGCACAAGUCAACAAAAGUAAUAAAGAUACAACUGAAAUUGAACAUCAUGAUACUGAACGUAAACGAUCGGUGUCCAUGAACCAUAAAAACGAUUCUGUACAACAUGAAAAUAUGGAUACGAAAUCUACCGGAUUCGAAAUAGACCAUGACGCUUCAAAUAACGAAAAUUCUCGCACACAAGUUCAAAGUCAAGUUUAUGAAGAGGUUGAAUUUGAGGACAAAACAAAUAAAGAGUAUGAUGGGAAUGAUGAUGAGGAGCCAUACAUUACUUCAUAUGCUUAUAAUAAAAGUACUCCAUCAACAGAAUCAGGCAGUAUGACAUCAACACCACGAAUUGUUGAAGAUGUUCCUUCUGAUGAUGUUCCGUCAGACGAUACAACAGAACCAAUAUGGGAUCAUAUUCCAGCCUCUGCUGAAGUCGAUAUUGAAAAUGUCACAACUCGAUUUUAGAGUGUUUUGAAAAAACUAGAGACAUUAAAUGCUAGAAUACUCGGCACAAGUGCCCGACUAAAUAUGUCAAAUAAUGAACUACCGAAAAAACAAAUGAUCAGCAUAAAACCUUUUUUUAUGUUUUUUUUCUUCAUGGUUAUGAAUAAUGAUAUAUAUUGUUGACAAAGACAGUAUUUAUGUAUUUAUAUGGUGUGUUGAUUUGUUUUAAUGCGCUUUUGUUUGUACAACUAGUUUUAUUUAUCAUUUUACAUGUAUAUACAUAUAUGAGCGGUGCAGGAAACAAUUGCGUUGUUGUCUUUUGUUUAUGAUGAGCAUAGCUUCAG